AUGUCGGAACAAAUCCAAAAAGUCGCGGUGAUUGGCUGCGGUGUCAUCGGGGCUGGCUGGGCCUCCCUAUUUCUCGCCCGAGGGCUGGACGUCACCAUAUACGACCCAGCAGAAGGCGCAGAGAACUCGUUCAAACACUACCUACAGGAUGCGUGGCCGUCCCUACAGGCGUCCAUGCCAAUUGGCGACUUGCCUGUGACAAAGUACACAUUCGUAAAGGAUCUGGCGACAAGCCUACGGGAUGUGGAUUUUGUCCAAGAGAAUGGACCAGAGCGCGCAGACUUCAAAGUCGAGCUCAUGAAGACACUCGAUCAGCAUACCAGACCAGGUGUCGUCAUCGCCUCAUCCUCCUCUGGCCUUCCGGCGUCCGGGUUCAUCGAGCGGUGUCAGCAAGAUCCAGGUCGCAUCCUGGUCGGACAUCCAUUCAACCCAGCACACCUGGUGCCCUUGGUAGAAGUCGUUCCUCACCCCGCGACCGACUCCAGCGCAAUCGCCACUGCGAUGGGUUUCUACCGCUCGCUCGGCAAACGACCCGUUCUGCUCCAUCAAGAGAUCCCGGGGUUUGUCGCGAACCGCCUGCAAGCCGCCAUUAACAACGAAGCAUACAGCUUGAUCAGCCGCGGAGUGAUCUCCGCCGAGGACCUUGAUACGGCAGUGACCUCGGGCCCAGGCCUUCGGUGGGCUUUGACAGGACCGAUCGUGACGAAUGCUCUAGGCGGAGGGGGAGGGUCUGGCGGAUUUGCGCAGCGGAUUGAACGGCUCGGGCCGUCGAUCCAGGCUUGGGAGGAGAACAUUUCCAAGCACCGGUUUGCUUGGAGCUUUGAAGCUGUGGAGAAACUGAAUCAGGAGGCGCGGAAAUGGCUUGAGACUGUAGAUUGGCAAAAUAUCAAUGCGACCAGGGACCAGAUGCUGUUGAAGGUACUCGCGGCGAAAUCUAGCCCCUCAUCACGGGGAGAGAAGAUUGAGAGGUUAUGA